CCUCUAAAGCUGUUUAUUCAGAGUAGUGAAGCAUCUCUUCCAUUGACAUCCAUUCAAAAAACCUGCCUCUGGUCUCCUUUCCCGCGUACUUCCAGACCGGAAGCGUUAGCCGUUACGUUUUAUCGUUUAAUGGUCGCAGGCUUGCCUUGUAGUGGCUUUGGUGCGUAUUACGCAAAGCGGAAAGGCUGGUCCAGACAGGUAAAACAGAGGACAUCAGGAUGAAGAACGAGGGAAAAUCAGCUCAGCGGCCUGACAACACGGCAUUCACGCAGCAACGGCUUCCGGCAUGGCAGCCCAUACUCUCCGCUGGCAUCGUCAUUCCAGGUUUUCUAAUCAUAGGUUUGGCUUUCAUAGGCAUCGGAAUUGGCCUCUUUCUGACCUCACAGACCAUCCAAGUGCAGGAGAUGGAUUACACAGGCGUUGAGAAGGAUUCGCCCUGUUUCCGCUGUACGAUCCCGAGUAACCUAAACUGCACCUGUGAAGUCACAUUCUCCCUCAGCACAUUAUUUACGGGCCCCGUCUUCUUUUACUAUGGCCUGUCUAAUUACUACCAGAACUUCAGAAGAUAUGGUGUGUCAAAAGACUAUAAUCAGCUCACUGGCGAUACACGAUAUUUCAAGUCUAGAAGCCCAGAAGAAGAUUGCUCUCCAUAUCGUAUGGACUCCAAUAAUAACCCCAUUGUCCCAUGUGGAGCUAUAGCGAAUAGCAUUUUCAAUGACACAUUUGAGCUCUACCAAAUAAUCAAUGGAACGAAGAAGCAGGUGCCAUUAGAUGGUAGAGGAAUCUCCUGGUGGACUGAUUACAACAUAAAGUACAGGAACCCUUCGCUGGUGAAUGGCUCCUUGGCAAAAGCUUUCGAUGGUACAGUGAAGCCCAUAAACUGGCCCAGGCCAGCAUAUGAGCUGGACCUCACAGACCCAAACAACAACGGUUUCCUGAACCAGGACUUUCUUGUGUGGAUGAGGAGAGCUGCACUUCCUCAGUUCAGGAAGCUGUACCGGCGAAUCACAGAUGGUGAUUAUGCCGCGGGGCUCCCUGCUGGAAACUACUCUCUGACAGUGCAUUACAACUACCCCGUACUGAGUUUUGAUGGACGUAAGAAGGUGGUCUUCAGCAACGUGUCUUGGAUGGGAGGGAAGAACAACUUCUUGGGCCUUGCUUAUUUAGUAGUUGGCUCUUUGUGUGUGGUCAUGUCAGUGGUUAUGCUAGUUGUUUAUGCCAAAUUCAAAUUCUCAGAUGAUGAUGAUGCAUGAUGAUGCAAGGUAGCUUUGCUUAUAAAAACUAUCUCGUACAUGCAUCAAAAAACAAGAAAGAAUAGAAAUGAGGUAUUCAUUAAGAUGGAGCCAAAUGUUAUUUUCAGACAAAAACAU